AUGGAAGAUAGAAAUGACAUUCAUGAGACACGACUUCAAAAGGAAAGAGAACUCUUAAAAAAGCUCGAGCCUGCAAACUACAAACUAGAAUUCCCAGACUCCAGCAGAAGCCUAGAAAUAGUUACAGAAGUCCAAAGCUACCCAGUGAAAUUUUUUAUCCAUCUCCCAGAGCGCUAUCCAUUCCAAUCCCCCAAAGUAUCUCUUUCAGUCUCUGAUAAGCUCACUUCACUCACCGAAUUUUAUGAUGACGAAAACAUUCUUGAGCACGUCCUAGGAGAAUCCUGAAUCCCUGUCAUAAAUUUGCCCUCAGUCAUCGAAAAACUUGUGUAUUAUGCCCAUCACUCAUACAAAGCCCGAGGCAAGUCACUUUUAGCUGAGAUUUUUUCAAUCCAUUGGAAAUGAAGUAUUGUCAUCGUCAUUUUGCUGGCUUUAUUAGUAAAAGUUGCAAUGAUCGCGCAACCUCAUUCUGGAUAUAAUAAUCAUCCGAAAUAUGGUGAUUAUGAAGCACAAAGACACUGAAUGGAAAUCACGACGAACUUAUCGCCUGACAAAUGGUAUAAAAAUUCAACUGAAAAUGAUUUAGAGUAUUGAGGACUGGAUUAUCCUCCACUAACCGCAUGGCAUUCAUGGUUCUUUGGAUCCAUCAGUUCUAUAAUUGAGCCGGAAUCUAUGGUAUUAGGAGAGUCCAGAGGGUAUUUGACGUCAAGUCAUAAACUAUUUAUGAGGAUAAGUGUGAUACUUGGAGAUUUAUUCGUUUAUGUUCCAGCCAUCUUUAUGUUUUUUAAAAUGUAUUAUCGAUAUCUUUCUGGGGGUGUGAAAUAUUCAGUGAUAAUUCUUGUGUUCUUAUCACCCCCACUUAUAUUGAUUGAUAAUGGGCAUUUUCAGUACAAUAGUAUUAUGCUAGGAUUUUCGCUUUGGGCUAUUGUUCUAGUUUAUUAUGAUUAUCUUGGGCUUUCUGCAAUACUACUUGCACUUGCAUUGAACUUUAAACAGAUGGCGCUUUAUUAUGUGUUACCGUUUUUGUGUAUUUGGAUUGCUAAAGCUUGGAAAAGAGCUAAACACCAAAGCAUGAGAUUCCAGCCUAAUAUAAGAUGGGGUAUUAUGAUAGCUGAAAUUAUUUUAACUCUCUCCAACAUUGCUGGUUGUGGGAUUAUAACAACGAUCAUUCUUUGAAUUCCUUGGAUUGGAUCAGUUAAUGACAUUUUCCAAGUAAUUUCAAGACUAUUUCCAUUCCAAAGAGGAAUUUUUGAAGACAAAGUGGCAACGUUUUGGUGCAUUUCCUCGAUUUUUAUAAAAUACAAAAAUAUUUUCCCUAUUAGCUGGCUUGCAUUGUUUUCAGCACUGCUUACAAUGAUAGCAUCUCUACCCUUUUUAAUCCUUUUAUUCAAGCGGAAACCGCUAAACCUUAGCUUUUUAUAUGCGCUAUCAGGAGUCUCACUAUCGUUCUUUUUAUUUUCUUAUCAUGUUCACGAAAAAACGAUCCUGAUCCCUUUGCUACCAUUUACCCUUUUAGCAAUAAUUGAUACACCUGAGCUGUUCCGAUUUUAUGUGAUAAUAGCAACCUUCAGCAUGUAUCCGCUUAUGAUCAAGGAUGGCUUAAGAUUUGCUUAUUUUGGUUGCAAAAUAUUUGAUAUGAACUUUUGGUUGCAGGGGAAUGCCUGGUCGAAAUAUUUUAAUAGUGUGGAUUUACCCCCAAAAUUGUUAAACUUCAGCACCAUCAAAAAAUUUCGGCUAUAUUUUUUUCGGGCAACUAUCACACAGUAUAAAAGUGUCCCGAUCAAUAAAUAUAAUCCCCUUAUUUUUGCUUAUCAAUUGUGUUCUACAUAAUGGCUGGAGAUGUAAUUAAAACACUAAAUUAUUUCCAAGACCGAAAAGGAAUGAAUUUGGGAUUUUGGGUACAUAAACUAAGUUAAGUUAAGUGUUAUAGGCCAAAACCAGAGCCUGCCUACCUGGCUUAAAACCACCUAACCUAAAGAUUAGUUCCCUAUACUAGAGUCACCUCUGCCGGUGAACCGUUAGUCCCGAUAAGAAAAGACUAAGUGGGAGGCAAAGCCUGUCUAGCCCAUCUGGAAGUGAAAGGGAAAACCUUCGGGAGAGAUGCAAAAAUUUCUUCUUCGGUAUCCCCAAACCCAAAGGGCCUACUUCAAAAAGUAACAGAGAGAUCACUGCCAGCUUCAUCAAGACGGGUCCUAGCUGCUCCAUAGAAGCGUGUCCUAGAAUCUUCGUCAACAUCAUUAUUUUACUUCUUUUGAUACCUAGGGAUGCUAAUAAUUCAUUUACUUGAAUUUAUAGAGCCUCCUCAGCAAUACCCAUAUUUAUUCGAAACCCUGGUUGCUGCUUAUUCUUUUCUUGGCUUUGGAUAUAUUUGGUGGUUUACUCUGAAAUCACACUAUCAGAUCAAAGGAGAAUCAGAUCCUCGAUAUCACUUGGAAAACAGGCUAAGGAAAAAGGCUAAAAUGAGCUAA